UCUAAUACUUUGAUUAUAAAAAUAAGGAUACCUGUGAUCACUUUUAAUCGGUGGAUUGUUACCGUUUUUUUCCAUAGAUUGCUAUUCAAAAUGAAAACUUCAUGUGCAAUCCUUAUUCUUAUGGCCUGUUUUGGCCUUAUGAAUGCAGCAGUUAAACGAGAUCAUAACAAUUAUUCGAAAAAUCCAAUGCGAAUCGUUUGCUAUGUUGGAACAUGGUCCGUUUAUCAUAAAGUUGAUCCAUACACAAUUGAAGAUAUUGAUCCUUUCAAAUGUACUCAUUUGAUGUAUGGUUUUGCUAAAAUCGAUGAAUACAAAUACACCAUUCAAGUUUUUGAUCCAUAUCAAGAUGAUAACCAUAACUCAUGGGAAAAACACGGGUAUGAACGUUUCAACAACUUGAGAUCGAAGAAUCCAGAAUUGACCACCAUGAUUUCUUUGGGUGGUUGGUAUGAAGGUUCAGAAAAAUAUUCGGAUAUGGCAGCCAAUCCAACAUAUCGUCAUCAAUUUGUUCAAUCAGUUUUAGACUUUUUGCAAGAAUACAAAUUCGAUGGCCUAGAUUUGGAUUGGGAAUAUCCAGGAUCACGGUUAGGCAAUCCUAAAAUCGAUAAACAAAACUAUUUAACAUUGGUUAGAGAACUUAAAGAGGCAUUUGAACCUUUCGGCUACUUGUUGACUGCCGCAGUAUCACCCGGUAAAGAUAAAAUUGACGUAGCUUAUGAGCUCAAAGAAUUGAACCAAUUGUUCGAUUGGAUGAAUGUCAUGACUUAUGAUUACCAUGGUGGAUGGGAAAAUGUUUUCGGCCAUAAUGCUCCGUUGUAUAAACGACCCGAUGAAACGGACGAAUUACACACUUAUUUCAAUGUCAACUAUACCAUGCACUAUUAUUUGAACAAUGGCGCUACCCGAGACAAACUUGUUAUGGGUGUUCCAUUCUAUGGUCGUGCUUGGAGCAUCGAAGAUCGAAGCAAAGUCAAACUUGGCGAUCCCGCCAAAGGCAUGUCUCCUCCAGGUUUCAUCACGGGUGAAGAAGGUGUUCUCUCAUACAUCGAAUUGUGUCAGUUAUUCCAGAAAGAAGAAUGGCAUAUUCAAUACGAUGAAUAUUACAAUGCUCCAUACGGAUAUAAUGAUAAAAUCUGGGUUGGUUACGAUGAUCUGGCUAGUAUAUCAUGCAAGUUGGCCUUUCUCAAAGAAUUAGGCGUCUCUGGCGUUAUGAUAUGGUCAUUGGAAAACGAUGAUUUCAAAGGUCAUUGCGGACCGAAAUAUCCAUUGUUGAACAAAGUUCACAAUAUGAUCAAUGGUGACGAAAAGAACUCUUACGAAUGUCUUUUGGGCCCAAGUACAACCACACCAACACCAACCACCCCGUCAACUCCUUCGACUACCACACCAACACCAACCACCCCGUCAACCCCUUCGACUACCACACCUACACCAACCACCCCGUCAACCCCUUCGACUACCACACCUACACCAACCACCACCGAUAGUACAAGCGAAACUCCCAAAUACACAACCUAUGUUGAUGGACAUCUCAUCAAAUGUUACAAGGAAGGAGAUUUACCACAUCCAACGAAUAUACACAAAUAUUUGGUCUGUGAAUAUGUUAACGGUGGCUGGUGGGUUCAUAUAAUGCCAUGCCCACCGGGUACCAUUUGGUGUCAAGAAAAAUUGACUUGCAUAACCGAAUAAAUUUUCUAUAAAUGA